AAAUUCCAUGAACCACCCUAUGCCUAAGGCUAGAAGUUUAAUUACUUCCACACCCCAUGAAGUAUGCAAAUGUGUUGGAGAAUUGUUUUUCAAAUUAUUUUAUUUUUAAAAAAGAAAACUGAGAUUUCAAUCUCAAUUUCAGUUCCGCACGCGAUUUCGAAUCUAUUAAUACCAAGCAUCGAUUCGAAUUCUAUGUAUUUUCUUUUGGAUUUAUUGUUUAAUUUCAUCUCCGACCGACGGCGACGAUCAUUCGAUUCUCAUUCCGCUUCCUCUAUUUCCUCAGUUUCAGCCUUCCCUGAAUUCGCAUUGUGAGUUCUGUAGGGAAGGAAAUCGAGGAUUGGUAGAGAUAUUGUUGCAAGGAGAAGAGAUGGGGAGGCUAUUUUUUAUUGCUCUGGAAGGGAAUUUCUAUAGUUGCAAACACUGUAAAACUCAUCUCGCCCUUUCUAAAGACAUAAUUUCAAGGACUUUCUAUUGCAGGCAUGGAAGGGCUUACUUAUUUAAUGACGUUGUCAAUGUCUCAGUUGGAGAACAAGAAGAGCGGAUGAUGAUCACAGGAUUGCACACCGUUGUUGACAUAUUUUGUGUUGGUUGUGGUUCAAUUAUUGGCUGGAAAUAUGAGGUUGCGUAUGACAAAUCCCAAAAGUAUAAGGAAGGAAAAUACAUCCUUGAAAUGUUCAAGGUGUUGGGUCCUGAUGGAACUGGCUACUUAGCAAGUCAUGAUCCGCAGCUUGUAGGGAGCGAUGGCGACGAUGCCUGAUCUGCUGUCUGAGUUCGAAAGUAAAUAAAAUCAUUACCUUCUGUAAAUUCUUCUCUCAGCCUAAUUUUCUUUGUUUUAUCUUUUUGCCAUUUAGCUCUUUCUUAAGCUUUUUGGUACACUGCCCCUGCAGUUUUUGGCUGGUAGCACAACAACAAUCAUUUUUUAGUUCUUUUUCCAGUUUAUUUUGACUUUUAAAUUGAAAGUAACAGAACCAGUUUUUAGGAUGUUGGAGUUACCAAAUGGAUUAGUUCCUUUCUUAUUCAACUUUACAGAUUUUGUCUCUUCA